UCAGUGUCAAGUGUCAACUCUCAUCAAGUCAAGCGUUUCUCUACUUGUAUUUUGUAUUUGUAAUAUAAAAAUUUACAAUUAGUUAGAAAUAAAUUAAUGAAUUAAAACUAUAAUUCAAAUGAUCUAUCAGUUUACAUGAAUGAUAAAAAUAUAUGCGAUAACUAGUUUCAAAACACUUUAAUUCUGUUCUUAAUCACGGGGAUCUAGACAUAACCUUAUUUGUAUUCCUUCAAAACAAAAAAUGGCAAAGAACACUGGCAAGGGCAAUAAAUCGAAAUCUAACGAAGAAGUUUUCGCCGGGUUUCAAAAUCUGCGCAGCGAGCAGCGGCAACUUGCCAACAAAAUAUCUGAAUUGGAGAUGGAUCUCAAUGAGCACAAGAUCGUGAUCGAGACGCUGCGCGGCGUGGAGGCGGCGCGCAAGUGCUUCCGCAUGGUGGGCGGCGUGCUGGUGGAGCGCACCGUGGCCGACGUGCUGCCCGAGCUGGAGGGCAACCGCGACCGCCUGCCCGCGGCGCUGCAGGCGCUGAACGAGCAGCUGGCGCGCAAGGGGCAGGAGAUCAACGACUACAUCGAGCGGCACGACAUCCGCGUGCAGCGCGGCGCCGACAGCGAGCCCGCCGCCGCCGCCGCCGCCGACACCAAGACCAACGUGCUGGCGGCCAGCGCCUGAGCGCGCGCCCUCACUGACCCACUUCAUGUUAUGCUUUCUACAUAGCCCAACCAGACAAAUCAAAAUCUCACUAAAAUUAACAAAUUAAUUCUUUCCACUGGCAUGCUAAGGUUGCAAGGUCCCUUGAGUGAGAGUGAGCUGUUUAUACUUCUGGUCGGGCCGGCGUGCAGCGUGCCGCGCGCCGCGUGCCGCUGCACCAGUGAAGCUGUCACCAGCUACAGUGUUGAGUGACGACAAAAGCACAAGUCAUACUUACCACUCAUAAAAUGACCUGAUCAUUUUCAUUUUGUUUCAAGAUUACCUAAGCUAUCAAUUUGUAGAUAAUCCAGUCAGGACUGAACAGGUCAGCGGCCUUGUUGUUAUGUGUCUCGGUGUACCAUUCAAACAAUGAGUCACUAAUCGAUUUUCGUCGUAUUUUCGUUUUUGUGAUCAUCUAACAUCGUUAUUUCCUUGACCUUGACUACGCCAUUUUUACAUCAAGAUGCAAUGAUGUUUUGUUUUACCAAACAUCUAACAUGAAUAUUAGUUACAUGAAAAUGAAGUUUUUUGUUAAAAAAACGUUAAUACUUGCAACUUCCACUACUAUACUAAUGCAAAUAAUAAAUGACGAUAAUUAUGUGAAAAACAAUGUUAGAUAUUUUUAAAAACGAAACACGAUGAAAAACUAUAUAGUGAGUGAUUAUAUGAAUGAUAAACCGAGUCACACAACAACCGCUGAUCACAUCGUUCGCUGCCACAACAUCACCUCACCAGAUUCCAUCUCAUCAAUGGGAAAUAAUAUUUUAAAUUUACAGAACUAAAUUAUUUAUUAGUAAUAGAAAUUAACACUAAGUUCUAAUAAAAUACAUUUUUAAUUAAAA